AUGUCGGAAAGUUUUGAAAUCCACAACUUCACGAGAGCCCUCAAACCAAGAGAAAAGGAAUAUGUAAUGGGAAAACUACCAAAGACCUUGGGAGAAGCCCACCAACACGCAUUAGACUACGAGAAGACCACUGGUAGAAACCAUACAAAUUCACAAAAGAAAUUCGGAACACCAAACUUCGGGUUUUUCAUUCCACCACCACAACAACGGAAGUUUGAUGAAGCGGUCCCUAUGGACCUCAACACAACCAAGACUGGUAGAAUGAGUAAAAUACAGUGUUAUAAUUGCAGACAAAUGGGCCAUAUAAGUCGCCAAUGUCCACACACAGGAAGAACCAAGCAAGUAAAUCUCACCGGAAUAGACGUGGACACUCCAGAAGACAAAAUGAUCACAGUACCAGUCAGAACAUAUGGAGAAGAAAGAAGAGGACUGCUAGACACGGGAGCUAGCGCAGAUUUCGUUGAUAAAAAAUUUGUAGAAAGAAAUAACGGUAAGAUGUAUGGUCACGUCGAUGACUAA